AUGGAUACUCCGGAAGUCACUGUUCUUCUGCUUGGAGAUGCGGAGUGCGGCAAGUCGACCUUCUUGUCCCGUCUCAGCCUGGGUGUCCAGCCCAUUGAUGAUGACCUCCCACCGUAUGCGCUACCGAAGCUUCGCGACUCAGACCAGCCCUUCGAGUUCGACAUCUCGCUCUACGGACGUCCCUACAAGCUGCGGUUCUUCGACACGAAAAGCCCCGAGAACUACACGCUCCUCUCCCCUCAAUUUGUGAUACUGUGCUAUGACAUCAGCUCGCGUGCCUCCCUUGUUUCACUCACGAAGACCUGGCUGCCCAUCGUCAACGGCCACUUCAACUACGAUGAGAAUCUUCCCGUAAUGGUUCUGGGCUUGAAGAGAGAUUUGCGCAGGCAAUGGACACUGCUAGAAGUUGGCGAAGACAAGAAAGGCAAAGGCCCGAGCGUAAUGCCUCACGAGGGCGUCCAGGCCGCACAAAGGAUGCUUUGCGAUCACUAUGCCGAGUGCAGCGCUUUGACGGGCGAGCUGUGCCGCGAGGUUCUGCAAGAUGUCGCGAAGACUUGUGCAAAGACAACGACUGCAGAUGGCGCGAAGACUGGAGGCGUGCUGUCCGAAUGUGUUGUCAUGUAA